GCGGAGCAGACCAAAAUCCCAAACAAGGAAAUGGUGGGGGAAUAAAACGACCAGAUUAUUUAAUUAAUGCAUGUAAUAAUUAAUAUUUUAUUUUAUUGUAAUUUAAGACGUAUUUAUGGGUUAAAAUGGAUUACGACUUCAAAACAAAGCUGGCAGCCGAGAGGGAGAGAGUGGAAGAUCUGUUCGAAUAUGAAGGUUGCAAAGUGGGUCGAGGCACCUACGGGCACGUUUAUAAAGCUAAGCGCAAAGACGGGAAAGAUGAGAAGGAAUAUGCACUGAAACAAAUUGAAGGCACUGGAAUCUCUAUGUCGGCCUGCAGAGAAAUUGCUCUGUUACGAGAACUGAAGCACCCGAACGUGAUCGCGCUUCAGAAAGUGUUCCUGUCCCACAGCGACAGGAAGGUGUGGCUCCUCUUCGACUACGCUGAGCAUGAUCUCUGGCACAUCAUUAAGUUCCACCGUGCCUCCAAAGCCAACAAGAAACCCAUGCAGCUACCCAGAGGGAUGGUGAAAUCUCUUUUGUAUCAGAUUCUGGACGGGAUCCAUUACCUCCAUGCCAAUUGGGUGCUCCACAGGGACCUGAAACCAGCCAACAUCCUGGUGAUGGGAGAAGGCCCCGAGCGAGGAAGAGUUAAAAUUGCUGAUAUGGGAUUCGCCAGACUCUUCAACUCUCCCCUGAAGCCGCUGGCGGACCUCGACCCUGUGGUGGUGACGUUCUGGUACCGGGCCCCCGAGCUGCUCCUUGGGGCCCGACACUACACCAAAGCUAUCGAUAUCUGGGCAAUUGGUUGCAUCUUUGCGGAGCUGCUCACAUCAGAGCCCAUCUUCCACUGUCGCCAAGAGGACAUCAAGACCAGUAACCCCUUCCACCAUGACCAGCUGGACAGAAUAUUCAGCGUGAUGGGUUUCCCUGCAGAUAAAGACUGGGAGGAUAUCAGAAAGAUGCCAGAGUAUCCCACGCUGCAGAAGGACUUCAGGAGGACAACGUAUGCAAACAGCAGCUUAAUCAAGUACAUGGAGAAGCAUAAAGUGAAGCCAGACAGCAAAGUGUUCCUCUUGCUCCAAAAACUCCUCACCAUGGACCCCACCAAACGGAUCACCUCAGAGCAGGCGCUGCAGGACCCCUACUUCCUGGAGGAGCCUUUACCAACAACAGACUGUGACUUUGCCAAAGGCAGCUGUGCUCUGUGCAUGCGGCAGGAGGUUGCAGCUGAAGAGGCACCUUCCAUCCAAGCUGACCGCUGCAUGUCGUCUGAAGGGGAGAUAAACCAGACCCAGCAGCACCAGCAGACGACGGGCCAGAACCAGACCCAGCAGCAGGCGGCGGCCCAGCAGGCCCCCUCCCAGCAGAGCUCGGCUCAAACCAACGGAGCCACGGGGGCCAACACAGGAGGAGGAAUGCAGCACGGUCAGGAUCAGGGCCCGCCCAACAAGAAACCUCGGAUCGGGCCCUCUGGAGCCUCCUCAGGAACCGGAGUGUUACAGUCAGAGUAUCAGCACUCCAGCUCCAGGCUCGGUUACCAAAGCAACGCCCAAGGCUCCACUCAGUCUCAGAGUACCAUGGGAUACUCCUCAUCAUCCCAGCAGAGCUCCCAGUACUCCCACCAGACGCACCGCUACUAAGAGUCCAACGAGCCGCCCGCCCCUCUCCCCUUCCCCCGCCGCCUCUCCAACCAGCAGAGGACACACGUCCUCGUCUUUAACCGACACCCAGCAGCCUUCCUCGUACAGGUCGGGCAUCAUUCCAACUUGGCCUUCCUCCAUCAGAAGCUGCUCCCACCUUUCUGAAGGCAAACCGGAACCAAAAGAAACAGAGGUUCUGCCUUGCGGGGCUGGUGAUCACGGCGAAGCGCAGACUGACCGUCAAGGCACUUAAUAAUGCAGCUGUGUUCACAUGUGUACAUUACGGAGCACCUUUUGCUAUUUCAGUUUUUCGCUCGUUUGCUAGAGGUUUAAAGUUUACCUUGAUAGUUGAUGUCAUUCUAAACAUUGUUACAUAUAAGAGGAGCGAAACAGAGGAGGAAAAGCCCUUCACCCUUAUCUGUGUCGUUUAAUCAGAAGGAAAGGAGCAAAGGUUGGAGUUAACCCGUUUACCCUGCCCUUUUAAAGGCCACAAUGACCCAGAGAGAGGGGGGGGGCAGCUUUUCAGCUGAUGUCAGUGCAGGGAAAUGCAGUUUAUUGGAAGCCUUGUAAUAUAGACUUUGUAUAUGUAGAUCUAUUCAUCUCAGUCUGGAAACAAGUAGAGCAGUCGCCUUUAUAUGGAGCUACCCUCUGGAUACUCUGAUGGCUUUAUGGCGAGGAGCAGCUUGUUCUCCUGAUGAUGACGGCGGUUUCAGGAGGCCCGAUGGUCUCCGUGGAAACAUCUGGUCACAGACCAUCAGAACUUUGAAGGCCUUCUCUUUUUUUUUAUUUGUAUUUAAACACAGAUGUAACGUGCGCAUUGCAUACAGGGCAGCUAAACUCCCCUGCCUCCCCCCACCUCCCUUCCUCCCCCCCUCCAGCAUAUGCUUCUUGAACCUGUUACUGCCGGAUGUCAGAUUUAGUGGUUUUAUUGCUGUUUGGCUGAGUGCGUGUGAGUAUGAGUGCAUGUAUGAAGUUUUUAUGUUUUCAAACCAACCAGAGUUGCACUGAGCGUUGAACCCGUCUACAAAGAGCUGGAACAAACUUUGGGUGAGUGUUUGUCACCUGGACUUUUGCCUUCUUCUCCUCGGGCCUCAUUUGCCAAAAUAUGACAGAUGAUUGUUCUCAUUUGGCCACUUUUAUAGAUAAGAAUAACAAAAUCCUCUUAAAUAAGAUACUUUACCCACAGAAUAAGUGCUUUCACCAUUAAAAUAGGAUGAUUAGCUAUUAUGCACUUAAAAUGAGCUAAUGAAGUUGUUUUCACUUAUUUAAAAGAUAAAUCUUAUUUAAUUAGAAAAUUGCCUCACUUACCUGCUCAAAUCAAGGAAAGAUACAACUGUUUAAACACAAAAUGACACACUAAAAUUUCAGUGUUUCCACUGCAUUAUUAUGUUUUAUCUUAUAAACCCUGAAGUGUACACACACUCAUUAUUAUUAUACCAUAGUAUUUUUAGAGCCAUUAUUUUUGAUACAUUCAGUGAAUUUACAAAACCAGAAAAAUAAUAAGUUAUAGAAGGAUUUAGAGACAAAAUCCCACAUAUAUCCCCAGUAGCAUUUGGUUUGUUAGCAAGUGGUGGAGAAGCUACCUGCUUUAUUUAUUGUAUUUUAUAAAUCUGAUGAGUUUGUUUUCUUCCAGGAUUGGUAGAGCUUAUAUAAGGGUUGUAUUUCCAUGCACAGAAGUUGUCUAAGGUCGUUACCUUUACAUUUUCAACAGGUCAGAGGUCGAGGCAUUUCCAGACUGAUGUUAGCCUUCUUUUUUAGUUCAAACACCAGCUUUGAUGUGUGAGACAGAAUGUAG